AUCUACUGCUUACUUUACCAUGAGUAGGUUCAAGUAUGAGCUCACCAGAUCAGCAGCUAGGGAUGAUGUUUCCAAUGUUGAAAAGUUGCUCCAGCAAGGGGCUGAUGUUGAUCCUGUUGAUAGAGGCAAGAUGACCCCGUUGAUGGCGGCAGCACGCUCUGGACACGCCACUGUGGUUGGUGUUCUGUUGCAAUAUGGUGCAGAUGUGCAGCACGAAGACAAGCGCAAUAAGACAGCUUUGUUUUGGGCAGUGUCCAAAGGCAAUCAGUUGACGUGUGAGAAUUUAAUUAAACACGAUGCUGAUAUUGAGCAUAUUAGAAAAGAUGGAUCCAGCACACUAAUUAUUGCAGCAAGUAAAGGUUAUAUAAAUAUUGUCAAAAUUUUACUAAUUGGAGUCAAUGGGAAAAAAAGUUUUCUAGAUCAUAAAAACAAGAAUGGCUUUACUGCUUUAAUGGAAGCUUCAAAAGAAAAUCACUAUGAAAUAGUGAAGGAAUUACUUAAGUAUAAUGUUAAAAUUGAUGAAGUUGAUUGCAAAGGGACUAGUGCUUUGUUAAAAGCAGCCAGUAGGGGUCACAGUGAUGUUUUAGAAUUGUUACUAGAUCACAAAGCUGAUUUUAAUCUUACCCAGAAAGAUGGGUUCAGUGCUCUUAUGCUAGCUUCACAACAUGGACAUUUGAAGUGUGUGAAAGCCUUACUUAAACACAGAGCUAACAUUGAUCAGGUAAAUGUUGCUGGGUGCACAUCUUUAUUACUUGCUGUAAGCUGUCGUGCAGUUGAUAGGUUAAAAAUUGUAAAUCUGUUGUUAAAGCACAAAGCUGGAGUCAACGUUUGCAAUACUGACGGAUGGACAGCUCUUAUGCUGGCAGCUCAGAUGGGUCAUGUUGACACAGUUGACACACUAUUGGCACACGGCGCUGAAUGUAACCAUACAAACAACAAUGGCUGGAACUCUCUUGGCAUUGCAGCACUACAUGGGUAUUCAGAUAUUGUAGAGCGUUUGUUGGAUAAAAAGAUGACUGUUGAUUACCUUGAUCAUGAAGGAUGGAUGCCUCUUUUAACAGCAUCCCAAAUGAAUUAUUCUGGAACUAUUCCAACCAUGGAGUUGCUUUUGCAAGCUGGAGCUGAUGUUAAUUUCAGGGACCCUCAAGGUUGGACGCCUCUACUAAUCAGCUGUGUGUACCAACAUAUUGAAAAUACCAGGCUUUUGCUAAACAAAGGUGCUAACAUCAAUCAUUUCAAUAACGAAGGUGCUAAUGCACUUACAAUUACUUUGAUGAACGGUAAUUUUGAAAUCAUGAAAUUAUUAAUUGAAAACAAAGCAGAUAUUUAUACAGCCAAUAAACUUGAAAUCACCACUUUGAUGCUGGCUGCGAGAUUACUAAAUGAGAAAAAGUUCAGAGAAUUUCUUCAGUGUGUUGAGGCUGUAAGUGCACCAAAGGUUGCAGCAGAGGGCUCCUGCACUUCUGUUAUCCCAGUGAACAAUAAUACUUUACAAGUCGCACUACUCCCAAGCUCAGAAACAUUUUUCCUAAACAACUCACACCUUGGAUUAAAUUGUUUCAUACAGCAGUGUGUUUAUUUUUUCUGUCUCUCUAUCAACAGUGGAUUAAAUUGUUUCAUACAGCAGUGUGUUUAUUUUUUCUGUCUCUCUAUCAACAGUGGAUUAAAUUGUUUCAUACAGCAGUGUGUUUAUUUUUUCUGUCUCUCUAUCAACAGUGGAUUAAAUUGUUUCAUACAGCAGUGUGUUUAUUUUUUCUGUCUCUCUAUCAACAGAGGAUUAAAUUGUUUCAUACAGCAGUUGCGGCAAGAGCUCCAGACAUUACUAAAACACACAACCAUCACCUUUCAACUGAAUUUUAUGAAGCCUGUGAAAUUCCUGCAUGUAGAUAAUGUUGAGUCUGUAACAACGGGGGAUGUGACCUGCGCAGCCUUUGACGGCAGUCGUAUAAAUAUUAAAUUAGAAGGAUCAGAAUCAGGGUCAGAAGACGACAGCUAGCCUACAUGCAAAUAACAAUUUUGUGAAUUUCUAUUAAAAUGUUUUUUCUUUCUUAAGUUCUAGUCUUUUGCCCAUUUAUAAAACUUUAUUAAAAUAGUCUUACAAGUAGUAUUGGUCUAUGUAUAUGAAACA